AGAACCUAGCAUGAGCUGUAGCCGUCCGUUUAUUCCUGCAAACGCUCAUAAUUCGCAGCCGCCGUAAUUUUUCAAAAGUAAGUACAAAAGAUGAUACAAGGAAAAACGAUGUAGCUUUCUGCGUUGUUUUUGUUUAUUUACAGUGUUCUUUUAUGUUCAGCAUCAAUUUCAGUAUCAUAGCCGCACCCAUCAUAAUCAUACAGUAUUUUUUUUAUUGUGACUUAGCAAGCUAACCGGAAAGCCACCGUCUAACGUUUAGAAAUAAUUUUAAAUGACAAAAAUAUAUAGUUAACUUGAAAGUAUUGGCGGUUUAUUUGAUUUCACUUUUUAUUUAAUUCGCUAAUGCUGCUUUGCGGACAAAUUAACGUCACCGAUACACCGUCGAGUUCAAGGCUAGCAAUCCCCCGUUCUUCAUCAUCAUCAUGACAGGUGAAAAACUACGGUCAGUGCGGAAAGACCACAACAGCAAGCUUAACAAAAAUGAAGAGAUAAGGGACAUUUAUGACGAAACCUCUAACGAAACCAACCCUAAAGGUACCAGCAACAAUUUCAAGAUAAAUAAGGCUCUCCAGAAAUCCAUCGAAAGCUCGUUGCUGAAGCAGCAUCAGCAUCUCAAUGCAAACAACAUCAACGACAACGCAUGCGUUGAUAAAAACAAGAAUCCUAUUAUCCUGACCAACGAGGAAUUGCAGUUUCCUGUGCACGAGUGCGUGUUCAAAGGAGACGUGCGUCGACUCUCCUCCCUCAUUAGGACACACAGCAUCAUUCAGAAGGAUGUGCAUGGAAACACACCUCUUCACCUGGCUGUGAUGAUGGGACAUAAAGAGUGUGCUCUCCUUCUCCUGGCCCAUAAUGCACCUGUGAAAGUAAAGAACGCACAGGGAUGGAGUCCUCUGGCGGAAGCUAUCAGCUAUGGUGACAGGCAGAUGAUUACUGCAGUGCUGAGGAAGUUAAAGCAGCAGUCCAGGGAGAGUGUGGAAGAUAAGCGGCCAAAAUUACUGAAAGCUCUCAGAGAGCUUGGUGACUUUUAUCUGGAGCUUCAUUGGGACUUUCAGAGUUGGGUCCCUCUGCUGUCCCGGAUGCUGCCAUCAGAUGCCUGUAAAAUCUACAAGCAGGGCAUUAAUAUCAGACUUGACACCACCCUCGUAGAUUUUAAUGACAUGAAGUGCCAGCGUGGAGAUCUGAGCUUCAUUUUCAACGGCGAUGCUGUACCUUCUCAGUCCUUUGUGGUUUUGGACAACAAAGCAAACGUUUACCAAAGAGUACACCAUGAGGAGUCGGAGAUGGAAACUGAGGAGGAGGUGGACAUUUUGAUGAGCAGUGACGUCUACUCUGCAACCCUGUCAACCAAGUCCAUCACUUUCUCUCGCAGUCAGAUUGGCUGGCUGUUCAGAGAGGACAAAACGGAGAGGGUGGGAAACUUCCUGGCUGACUUCUAUUCAGUGAACGGCCUGGUGCUGGAGUCCAGAAAGCGACGAGAACAUUUAAGCGAGGAGGACAUAUUGAGGAACAAAGCCAUCAUGGAGAGUUUGAGUAAAGGAGGCGGCAUCAGUGAACAGAACUUUGAGCCUGUGAGGAGGAAGUCCCUCACAGCUCCAACCCCCAACACCAUUUCUUGGGAAGAGUACAUAACGGCAGAGCACGGAAAGCCUCCUCAUCUGGGUCGGGAACUUGUGUGUAAGGAGAGCAAGAAGAACUUCAAAGCCACCGUAGCCAUGAGUCAGGAUUUUCCUUUAGGCAUUGAAUCGUUACUAAAUGUGUUGGAAGUCGUCGCCCCUUUCAAGCACUUCAACAAACUCAGAGAGUUCGUUCAGAUGAAGCUUCCUCCGGGGUUUCCCGUCAAACUCGACAUCCCCGUCUUCCCCACCAUCACGGCGACGGUCACCUUUCAGGAAUUCCGCUACGAUGAGUUCGAAGACUCCAUUUUCAUCAUCCCAGCAGAGUACAAGGAAGAUCCCACCCACUUCCCUGACCUCUGACCUGUCCGGGGAACUGAAGUGAACCCUCAAGAAGCUCAGAAGGAUUGAGGGAAAACUGAACACCCUUGAAUGAUCUUAAUAUUCUUAUCCUUUACCCGUUUAAGAAGGGGGAAAAAAACCCGUCUUUCAUUGAUCAUUUAUUCUGCUGAUGUAUCUGAAGCCAGUCGAUGAAAGAAAACAUGAAAGACCGCCGUUUCUGGAUGAAUAAAUGAGCGUCAGCAGGGGAUUUUCUGCUGAGCGAUGCUCUUCUCUACUGUGAAAGUUGUCAAAUGACAGACCUCAUCCACCUCAUAGCCACGCCCACCCUCCUCCUGAAUUGCAAGGACUGAAUCCCUGUUCCUGAAUCUGCACUGACACACUCAUGUAAAUAAUUGAUGUUGCAUCUUUAUUUGACAUCCCAGAUUUAGCUGUAACCUUAGACUGCAGAUGUAUAUGAACUAAGAAGGAGUAACACUGUGUAGCAAUAUAUUUCCAGAACCUAAAGAAUGUUUCUAACCAGCAGGGAGGGUUUAGCAUCCAAAGCCCUCCGUUCUGAUGCGAGCGCUUAGGGCGGCCUCCCGUGUUUUCAGGUCCGCUCACGUUACCUCUCGGCUUCCUCCACGUGCUGUGACGGUACGAGUCGUGUUUUCUGUGCGAGUGGGUUUCUGUGCUGUGGUAGUUCUCUGGAUGUUUGUCAGAAGGGAUAUCAGGUCGAAUCGUUUGUGGUUGAAUACUUUCCUGAUAGCUGUGGCAUGCUGUGGCUUUGUCGGAUCACACGCUUGUUUACCUUGAACCUUUGACAUUUGCAGAGUGAGAUAUUUACGGAGAAAAAAUGUAACACUAUAACUUUGAUCCAGCUUUUCUGUGCUUGUGAUGUAGACUCUUGCGUUUUAUUUUAUUUUUUCAACACACACACAAAAAAAAAAUCAAAGUAAACUUAAGUUAUUGCAUUUACACUGCA